CCAGUUUAGUGACUUUUGGGGUGGCAUAUCUUUUAACAGCGUUCUUUACCGGACCGUACCGUGAGUUUUGUAAAGAUGUCCCUCUCUACUUGCAAACUUCCCACGGGAAGAGUUUAUGACGUCAUCGAAAUCGACAACCUGCGAUGCCGAACAGAGAUCGGGAAAAAGCAGGAAGUCGUCAUCAGUAUGCGUCUAGGUUGUGACAUCAGGAAAGCAGGAAAAAGUGAUGACGUCGCCGAUUCCGUGAACGACAGGGAUGUUUCCACAGACGUCAUCACUUAUGUGGAGUCAAAUUCUUUUAAUCUGGUGGAGAAGCUAGCGACUGAUGUUGCCCGAAUCUGUAUUGCUAUUCACAAGGUCCCGUGGGUACAAGUGCGCGUCCACAGGCCACAAGCGCUGCGAUUCUCUGACUCCGUCGGUGUCCUGAUCGAGAGAACACCGGAAGAUUUCGAUGACAGUGUGGUACAUCUUUCUCUCGGCUCCAACAUCGAGCCCAAGAAGAAUAUGAGGGACGCCCUCACCCUCUUGAAGAAGAAAGUCUUGGUGCUGAAGAUGUCUUCAUCAUUCCUUACGUCUCCUCAGAUCCAAUUAGACCAGCCUGAUUUCAUCAACAUGGCAGUUAGAAUCCUAACGGAUAUGGCACCAGCUCAACUAAAAACCUUUCUUUCUGGUAUAGAAAAGUCGCUUCUGCGCGUGCGCGACCAUAAAAAUAAAAGUGGCCCCUGCACAAUUGACCUUGAUAUCUCCCUCUGGGGGUCAAAGGUUUUGGAAUAUAGCGUUUGCAACAGUGGGGAUGGGUCCAAUCACAACUCGUCUAACGGCCAUAUUCGGAAAAAGGAAUUGCCUGACCCAGACAUCCUUCGGUUCGCUCAUGUGGCUGUGCCAUUGGCUGAGAUCUCUCCCAAUAUGAAGCAUCCGACCAAUGGCAGCACGUUGGCAUCUGUUGCCAUGAAGAUAACGGGCCGGGAGGAUUUUGAAAAUUCGUUCCCAACCGUGGGGCUUUUCCGUUAAAUUUAAAAUUAAAUCGUCGCAUGACCGCCGUAAGAUCACAAACUGAGGACCUCUUUCGGACAUUGUAAAAUGUAAUGUCUAAACACGAAAAAAGUUUGUCUUAGAUCCUUGUCGGUGAUUGGUUCUGUUACAGCCUUCUUGACAAUCUAUAGCAUUAAAGUUGUACGACCGUAAAAGCUAGAAUCACUAUAAGAAUUAUUUUCUACCAGACUCCGGGUCGCUGGCAAAAAAACGUAGAAAUGGAACAAAUAGAGGAGUAAGCCGGGCAGAGGAGUAUAGCCGGGUAGGGAACAGCACGCAGGACACCGAAUCCAAAAUUUGAUUUAGCAAAAAAGGUAAUGACAUAAUAAAAUAGACCAGUCUAA